UAGUCGGCGAUAAAUAGCGGACGGACCCAUUCAGUAUCAUGUUAUGAGAGUGAUCGUUACAUGACGUCUUAUCUCGAGUUAAACUGAGUGUAAACUUUAAAUAAAAAGACAAACGCUGCGGUACAAUGUCGGAAGAAGAGCAGGAGAACAAGACCAAGAGUUUCAGGCUGCUGGGGAUCCUGGAUGUCCAGAACACUCCGUGUGCCAGAGACGCCAUCCUGCACGGCGCUGGGGGCUCGCUGGGUGCCGGCCUGCUACACUUUCUGGGCACUAGUCGGGUGAAGAGGUCUUUUGACGUUGGGUUUGCAGGCUUCUUGCUCACCACCCUCGGGUCCUGGUUUUACUGCAGGAUGAACAACGCUAAGCUUCGUGCGCAGCACCGGAUGAUCCAGGACGGCAUCAAGAACAAGGUCGUGUAUGAGGGGACCGUUCUAGACCCCACAAACAAACCAUCGGGGCCCUCAUGACCUCCAGCACUGAACCUCUCCCCCCUUCCUCUCUCUGAGAGCCGAGAGGAGAAGAGGGGAACUUAACAUCCAGCUUUUUCAAAAGACUGACUUCUGCUGCUCACAUGAUGGAAGGGACUCCAGUUCCAGUGUUUUAUGGGUGCUGGUUUGUUUGUUUUUUGUUUUGUCAACUUGGGGUACAGCAAAUCCAAAGCAUUACAUCUCAGAGUCCAGACCCCGACAUGUGGACAGUAUCCUGACCCUGAAACAACAAAACAUGUUUAAAUUAAAUAUUUUCUGAGUGUUGUUGCACCCCUACAUUCAUCACACAAACGACUGGUUAAAUUCUCACCCCCUCAAACCCUGUGAUACAUGACAUGCUGUGAUUUCUUCUGUGUGAUAGUUUGUCCUGCUCACCAAUCAACCGCUGAAUAGGGAAUGGGAAUCGCAGAGCAUUCUGGGGCGAGCCGGCAUUUUUGGAGGGUAGCGCACGGAGUUACGGAGCAUUAUUAUCUAUCACCGGUCUAUUCAUCUGUCAUCUGUCAGCCGUUCAUCAUCAGAAAUGUAUAAAGUGUAUAAAGUAUGUGUGAAAGACAAAGAGAAGAGAAGCUGACAGAGGCAAAGGGGAGAUAUAUUACAAAACUGAAGUUAGUUAAUGAUAUCGAUCCUCACGAAUUCGGAGGAUCAUGACAGUUUGCCACACAUCACGGUCACUGAUGUGUUUUGCCGUUAGUGAACACCUGUCAGCGGUUCAAAAUGUGUUAGUCUUUGGAGGCCGAUGUCCAGCUUAUAAACGGCUCAGAUCUAGCUAAUUAAUUAAUCUACCGGUAUCUUGCUAAAUGAAACCUGUAAAGUUACCUUUGUGUCUGACUGUAUAUGCUAUAUAUACUACAAUUAGUCUUUUGAAUGUUAUUCACUGAGCAGUGUUAGCUUUUACACUUGCAGUAAACAGCCAGCGGGUGGCACUCGUACCCCUUUAUCCUCCAAAAAUGGCUGACUUGCUGUCGGUGACGUCACAUUCCCAUUCCCUAUAGUGAAAGCUCUUUUACACACAGAAGGGGGGAGGAAAUGCAGGAAAGGUGGAAUUGAACCGUUGGUAUGUGUCGGUCAACCUGAGGCUUAGUUUUCUGUUAUCUGUUAAAGGGAUAGUUCAGGUGUUUCUCAGUGUGGUUGUUUGAAGUACUUCUCCGUAGUCAGUGUAUUAGCUUUAGUAGAUGGAGUUUGGAGAAACAGACAGGAGUAGCAGCAAAGCAAUGUACGGUUACGUUACGUUUAAGUGUGCACUAUAUAUUUUGCUGGUUUACCUCGCCGUGAGACAGCUAUAUAGUCUGUUUCUCACAGGGAACUGAAGCUGAUAUCUAUGCUCCCUUCAAAGCUACCAGACUCCAUUGGGAAUAAGCAGUCAUUAUAAAAUAUAUAGCGUAUACUUAAACGUAACGUAAACUGUCUAAAUUAGGUUUGCUUUGCUCCCAUGUCUGUUUCUCCAAACUAAUAAUACAAACUACUAAUACAGUGACUAUGGAGAAGUACCUCAUACAACCCCACUGAGAAACUCCUGAACUGUCCCUUUAAAGUCUAACACCUGCUGUGACAUCACCGGUUGGGGGUGUGGCCUAAUGUGAAGCUUUGACCCAGAAAGAACAGAGCAGCAGGAGCUUUCUGUGGUCGUGUGUUGAUUGUUUUAUCAUUUCAUAUUUAAAAAUUAAAUGUGUGGAAAAAAUAAAUUGUGUACUGAUGUAAUAAUAA